AUCAACAAAUUCAUUCACACUCCCAUUCUCAACAAACUAUGAACUACAGUGCAUAAUUUCAUAAGUCGACAGAAUCUUAAUUUCUUUAUAUAUAUACGAACCCACUCAAUCGUAGCAAUUUCAUUUUCAGAUUUUCGAUUAACGUUCAUUCCACAAGCUAUGCCUUCUUUACCUUCUUCUCCCGAACUCAUUCCCUCCGAACCCAAACCUAACGAACCUAAUCCCAAUCCCAUUCCCGAAACUGAGCCUAAUCCCAAUGCUCCACCUUCUCAUCCACAAACCACCUCAAACAAACCACCACCAACCGUCACCGAUGCGUUAGGCGGGGAUCUUGCUACUGGUCUUUCUACUGUUCACGGCGCGUCGUCGGAAAUGUUAGGCGGCGAUCUUGCUCCUACUGGUCUUUCCACUGCUCACGGCGCGUCGUCGGAAAUGUUAGGUGGCGAUUUUGCUACUGGUCUUUCUACUGUUCACGGCGCGUCGUCGGAUAUGUUAGGCGGCGAUCUUGCUACUGGUCUUUCUAUUGUUCACUGCGCGUCGUCGGAUAUGAUAGGCGGCAAUCCUCGUCUUUCCACUGCUUACGGCGAGAUGACGAAUGCGUUAGGCCGCGAUAUUGCUGCUCACGGCGCGUUGUUUAAAUCGGUGGGAGCUGGAAUUAGGAAUUCGGGAAACACCAGUUUUUUGAGUGCAAUUCUUCAGUGUUUUACACACACAGUGCCAAUGUUCCGUGGUCUUCGUUCUUGCACUCAUGCAUCUCCAUGUGAUGUGAAAAGUUUCUGUUUUAUUUGUGCUUUUCGGAAUCACUUUGACAAUGCUCUUGAACCUUCUGGAGUUCCAGUUGUUCCUAGAGAGAUUACUGAAAAUUUGCAUUCUCUUAUAGCUGGUUAUGUCAGGGGUAAGCAGGAGGAGGAUGCACAUGAGUUUAUGCAAAGUGCUUUGAAAGAGCUGCAAAAAAGCUUCCCAGUUGGAGAAGAAAAUCUAAUUGAUCAAGUUUUUGGGGGUCGACUUGUUGACACAUUUCGAUGUUGCUGCUGUCGUGGUUACUCUUCGGCUACAUUUGUGCCAUUUAAGGACAUGAGUUUAGAGAUAGAACUUGCGGCAAGCAUUCCGCAUGCUCUGAAAUCUAUCACCAGGGUAGAACAGCUGGCUGGAAAGUUUAGAUGCAGCAACUGCAACCAAGAGGUAACUAUGGAAAAACAGCUUAUGCUUGAUAAAGCUCCUUCAAUUGCAGUAUUUCAUUUGAAAAGGUUUCUAAAAGAUGGAGAUUCCUUGAAAAAAAUUGAAAGAUCUCUUUGGCUUCAUAAGAAACUGAACCUGAAUCCUUAUACAUCUGGUAGUAGCAGUGACAAUGUAGUUUUGAAUUAUGAGGUAUAUGCUGUUGUCAUGCAUAGAGGACCUUCACCUAAUUCAGGGCAUUAUUUUUGCUUUGUGCGUUCUGCUCCAGACAAAUGGUAUUUGAUGGAUGAUGAUAAGGUUUCGAGUGUUUCUGAAGAAGAAGCUCUGAAUCAUAGAGCUGCGGAUCAUAAGGCAUACAUUCUGUUUUAUGCCAAAGAAGGCACACCCUGGUUUUCUACUAUUGUGGAAAAGGAUGAUAAUGACUCAACUGCUGAUCCAAAUGAAGAAGAUCAUGAUAAUAAUGGAGCAGAGGAUGAUAAUGACUCAACCGAUGCAAGUUACAGCUGGUUGCGUAAGAUGGGUGAAAGAAGGGCGCGUGAAGAGUAUGAACCAUGUGAAUGUUCCAUCAUGUAAAAAUUGCUGAAUAGUAUCUGCUUUUCCAGGUUACAGAAAACUUGAUUGUAUAGAUGAAUAUGAUUCCCAUACAGACUAAUGGAAGUUAUAGUGGUAAAAUACUCCGUGGAAUGUAGUUAUCAAAAUGUGUGUUUCAAUUGGAGUUUAGGUGGAAAUUAGAAUGAUUGAUGUGUCAUAAUUGAAAUUCUAAGGAAGUGGCAUUCUGCUGUCGUAAACCAUACAGUUUGGAGUUCAAUUGGUAGAAAUGUGUAAGUUCUUUGCACCCAAAUGGUAUAAUAUGCUUUUAGACAUUCUUUAAUUUGCACAAAAUUAUUGGUUA